AUGCGCUCAUCACUCUCUCUGAGCCUUUCGCUUCUCGUCGGCCUGGUGUCGGCUACCAACUACAAUCUCGUCAAGGACUUCUCGGGCAACAACUUCUACAACCAGUUCGACUUCUUCACUGGCGCCGAUCCCACUCAGGGUUUCGUCAACUAUGUGUCGCACGACAACGCUGUCGAGUACGGUCUGAUCUGGAACAAGAGCAUCCCCACCUGGGGAGUUGACUCCUACACUCAUCUCAACGCUGAUGGUUCUUCCGGUGGCCGCACUUCUGUGCGCAUGACUAGCAAGGAUACUUUCACCCACGGUCUCUUCAUCGCCGACAUCCAGCACAUGCCUCAGAGCUCUUGUGGUGUCUGGCCUGCCUUCUGGACAUUUGGUCAGACCGGUAACUGGCCUCAGUCUGGUGAGAUCGACAUCAUCGAGUUUGCCAACCUCGCCGACCAGAACAAGGUUUCCGGCCACACCAUGCCUGGCUGCUCCAUCUCUGGCACCUCGCAGAGCGGCAGAAUUCAAGGCACUGAUUGCUCGUCUGCUGGUGAUGGUGCUGGUUGCGCCUUCCUCUCGCCCUCCACAUCUUCCGCUGGCUCCGGCUUCAACAGCAUCGGCGGCGGUGUCUACGCCAUGGAAUGGACUUCUCAGCACAUCAACGUCUGGUUCUUCCCUCGCAACAACAUUCCCUCGUCCAUCAAGUCCGGCAAGCCUAACGUCAGCAAGUUCGGCCAGCCCAUGGCCAACUUCCAAGGCUGCGACCUCGACAACUACUUCUACAACCACGCCAUUGUCUUCGACACCACUUUCUGUGGCACCUGGGCCGGCGAGACUUUCGCCAAUGACGGCUGCUCUGCAUCCUCGUGUGUUGAUUACGUCGCCACCAACCCUUCUGCAUUCAAGGAUGCGUACUGGGCUGUCAACUACCUCAGAGUGUACCAGCAGAGUGGUUCUUCAAAGGUCAAGCGCGACUUCCUCCGCCGCCAUGCCAGACAGACCCACCACAACCACGUUCUCGUUUGA